UAGAAUUGUUUUUCAACCCUUAGAGAGUCAGCUGAGAUUGGCUUAACUUAGCACCCUCUUCUAUCCGUUACAUCAUUACUACUCUCGGUUUAAUCUUAACCGCUUUACUCUGCUUCUUUUCUUCUCCACUGUUUUCUCUUGCUUUUCUUAGUGUAAAGCUGCUUUGAAACAAUGAAAUACAUGUGAAGUGCUUUAUAAACAAAAUGGAAUUGAAUUUGAGCCAGAAGAAAGACUAGAAUACAGCACAGAUGUUCAGAUGGGCGUCUUAUGAAAGUAGGCCGUGAGUGGAAGCCUCCAUCUUUAUUGGCAGCUGUCUGGGUUUUUGUAGGUGGGACGUUUGUAUAAACAGGUGGAGCUCAAAGGAGCCACUUCCUGUCAGCAAACACAUCUCCAGCUUCAAAGAAGACACAACAUCUCCACACGAAUAUCUCCGUACGACAGGAGCCAUCCGACCUGUGACCUUAUGCCACGAGACCUGUGAAGGUCAGCGGUCUGAACUCCUUCAUUUGUAAGCAGCACUGAAACAUCAUCAUCAUCAUCAUCGAGUGAAGAUCAAAUAAUGAUGAAGAGAAAAACAGCGACUGUGACCGUACUGCUGUCUAUAACACCUCUAACAGAGGCCUCGACGUUCUUGUAUGACCCCAGGUAUUGUUACAUCCUCGAUGCUUUUCUGCUGAUAUACGGCAUCAUCAUCACAGCUUUCUUUGUACGUGAGCGGUUUGUUGUAAAGAAUAGAAAAGCCGAGGAUCCGCUGUAUCAGCCGAUCAAUCAGAGUGGCAAAGAUGUGUAUGCCACGAGAAACCAAAGAAACGCUGAAGAAGCGCGCACAGGUCGCAAGAGAGAAGAGAACAGCGCUUACAUGCCUCUGCAGAAGAAAACAGAUGACACUUACCGUGAGAUUGAAGCCAAACCUAAUCGUCAGCGGCGAGGUGAUCAGGUUUAUCAGGGUCUGAGCUCGGUGACGAAGGACACGUAUGAUUCUCUGCACAUGCAGCCUCUUCAGCCUCCACGUUAAACUCUGAUCUGAUCUGAUCUCGCUCAGUAAAAUCAAUACAGUCCAACAUGUUGUGUUUGUUCAGAAUGAGUUGUUUGUUGUGUUUUGUUUUCUGAUCAUUCCCUGAGUUUGAAAGAUUAUUUGUGUUUCUGUGAUGUGCAAAAUUAAUUUGAAAUAUUCAGGGUUUAAUUCAGUGUUUUUAAUAAUCCUUCUGUCAGAAUGUUAAUUUCUUUUUAAAUGUAUAGUGAGCUCUUAAACACACAAAUCAUGUACAAUUAAAUCAAAUCAUAUUCAUAUAAAACACAAAAUUUAAUGAAACUGGGUUUUAGGACACAUUUGAAUUCUUAUGACUGUUUUUAUAAUUCACAUUCUCUGUAAUACAACAAAUAAUAUUUAUAUAUAUUACAGUAAUUGUUUGUUUUGAUUAUGCACUUCAUGACAGAAUUGUGUCUGCCGUCUUCUUGAUUGUGAAGUCUGACAGAUAACUGUGAUCUAUAAGAGGAAUGAUGUUAAUGUUUCAUCUCUUACACAAUAUUUACACAUCUAUACUUGUAGGAUGAAAGGUUUGCAAAACAUCUUUUUAUAACAACCGUAAGAUUGCUGUAGAAUAAUUCUGCUUUCUUUUAAACUGAGAAUUUUCUUUCUAUUUUAUUUAGCUGUUAAAUUGUUCUAAAGUUUUGUCUUGUCUUAUAAAAUAAAAUAGAUUUUCUAGUUUCAA